CGGAAAACUGUACUUAAAGGAAUAUUACACAUAAAUCUGGUUUAUUUUCAGAAACAUUUAAUACAUUAACUAUGGAAUUAUAUAUAUAUUGUCUGCUGCUCUCCUUUGUUCGGGGUCAUCAUGACGAGAUUAUAUCAGGAAUUACAACCAAUGAAGAUAUAACACUUACAUGUUCGAAUAAGCAUAGCCGUAAAUUCUGCCAAUGGCAACUUGCCACAUCACAAGGUACAUUUGUAGACAUUGCUGCAAGCAUCAAACAUCAAAAUCAAGCAACAACAAUAAUGACAAUUAAAUCGUUUAGCAUUGCUGAUCGUGGAUCAUACCGUUGUAAAUGUUAUGAUAAGUCUGGAAGAUUCAAAUACAGCUCCAGUAUUACAAUUGAAAUAGCAGAUGUGCAAACAAAAUAUCGUUUACACUGUGGACAUGCUGGAACAGAUUAUAUAUGGAAAAGAAAAGCGAACUCUCAUUAUAAUCGAAUCUAUACAAACAAAAAAUACAUCACCAACACAACGUCUGAUAUACUAAUAGUAAAGAACGUUUAUUGGGAUGAAGAGGGUAUAUACAGAUGUACACAUUAUCAUAGUGGAUGGCAUGAUGUGGAUUAUUAUCUAGUUGUUAAAGAUAUUAGGGUCCCAAUGAUGUAUAUUCCAACGUCUACGUAUCCUGCUAAGAUCGGGGGAAAUAUUCUUUUAAAGUGUACGGUUCGUCAAACAUUACCACAAACAACAGAAGUUUGGUGGACACUCGUCAACAGUAGAGGCAGACAGGUUUUACAAGGUUCAGAAGGACAAAAAUAUCAAGGAGGAACAUUAACAAAUCCUAGUCUUAAGAUAUUAAAUGUAACCGAAAGAGAUUCUGGUGAAUAUAAGUGUCAUGGUAAAAACAAACAUGGUGAAACCUCUGUAGCUACGCAGCUAAUAACUGGAAAUAAACCACGACCUCCUAAAACAGGAAGAUCCAUCAAUACUGUUAGGGAAGGCAUGGCUGUGACUUUGUCCUGUACACCCCAUGUUUCGGAUACUGAUUUAACAGUUUUAUGGUGGCAAAUUAAGUGGUUUGGUGAACGGUUUAACAGUAUUAAUUAUUACAAGAAUAAAUACAGCGGAGGAAACUUGUUAAUGCCAAAUCUAACAAUAAAAACAGUAUAUCACCAAGACGAAACAGAAUACAGAUGUAAUGUGGCUAACAGUUUUGGAACAUCAUAUGUGGAUACAAAAGUAAAAAUAGGAAGUUCUCCAACUGUGAGAGUCAAAGCAAGUGUUUACAGUCCUGUCAGAGGAGAAACAAUUAUUUUAGUCUGUAAUUUUAACAAUGCUGAUAAAAUCUGGUGGAAACGAAUAGAAAACGGACAGGAAAAACCAGUAGACACUACCAGAACUUCAGGAGAAUCAACUCAGUCAUUGACAGUACAUAAUGUAGAACAGCAGGAUGAUGGGGAGUAUAGAUGCUAUGGGUCUAACGAUAUUUCAUCCACAAGCGGUAUUAUAAAUUUAGUAUCUGGAUACAUACCACUUGUCACUACGACCAGAACAACGGUUAAGGGUAAUAAAGGAGUUGAUACAGUUCUACCUUGUUCUCAUGAUUCCAAUCCAAAACCGAAAGAUGUUUAUUGGACAAAGAACGGUUUCAACAUUUCUGCCUAUAUGUCGACGAAAUAUAAUGGAAGUACCAUUGAAUUUCCUUCAUUAGUUAUUCAUGAUACUGAAAAGAGUGAUUCCGGGACUUAUAUUUGUUCAGUGUCCAAUAAAUUAGGCAUUGGAUACAGUAAACCACUACAACUUCUAAUAAGAGAACGAGGUGACAGUGCAAUUGGACUGCACUUUAAUAGUAGGCCGAUGUCUUCUGUAGCAGCCGAUGAUCGUCAUUCAUCUACUAGACCCAUAGUAGCAGUUGAUGCUGAAUACCAUAAUGUAUCAGAUGUAACUAGUACAUGUAUUAGGGUGGAGGACCUAAAAACGUAUAUUCAGAAAAGACAAAGACAUGAAGAACUUAAAAAAGAAUAUAAGAGCAUACCGAACAUAGCGGAACAUCCUACUACUCAUGCACAGACAAAGGAUAAUAUGCCGAAAAACAGAUUUAAAACAACAUUUCCAUAUGACCAUACAAGAGUCAUACUGAAAUCCGACGGAGGAUCCGAUUAUAUUAACGCAAACUAUAUUGAUGGGUUUGAAAAAGAAAGAUGCUAUAUUGCGAGUCAAGGUCCAGUCAAAAACACAGUUGCAGAUCAUUGGAAAAUGAUAUGGCAGGAAAAUAUUCAUCAAAUUGUCAUGGUAACAAACUUGGUGGAAGGUAUAAAGACUAAAUGUGAACAAUACUGGCCUUGUGGUGGUAAACAAAUGGUCCAUGGAAAUCUGAUCAUCCGUCUUACUGCUGAAAAGGAAAGAACAGCAUAUGUCACAAGAGAAAUAACAAUUGAAGACAAAAAGAGUGGCAAAAAACGUUAUGUGACGCAGUACCAUUUCACAGCUUGGCCAGAUCAUGGAACUCCAGAUCCACUGUAUCUUGUACUGUUUCACAGACAUGUGAUGUCUGAUUCUAAAGCUGGACAUGCAGGACCUCUGUUAGUUCAUUGCAGUGCUGGUAUUGGGAGAACAGGAACUUACAUUGCUCUUGACGCUCUGUUGGAGGAAGGACGUACUACAGGAUUUGUUGAUAUUUUCAAAUUUUUGAAGAAAAUGAGAUACAGUCGAAUGAAUAUGAUCCAAACCUCUAAUCAGUACGUGUGUUUGCACUAUGCCCUACUUGAGGCUUUCACUAUGAAAGAUACAAAGAUUCGUAAAGACGAGUUCAGUCAAGUAUGGCAGAGUAUACGGACUGAUCAAAAAGCACUCAAUCAUCAAAGGCUUAACAAAGAAUUUAAGGAACUCGAACAACAUGUAGGAGAAACAAAAGGUUUGUCACCCUCAAUGUUAAAUGCGACGAAGGAUGAUCAGAAUCAAAACCAAUAUAAUGCUGCAAUGAGUACAACAAACUUAGCCAAAAACAGAAACAAAGAUGUUCUACCCAUGGACGAUAAACGGGUUUAUCUUGUAUCCUAUGGGAAAGGAAGAUCAGAUUAUAUCAAUGCAGUUCAAGUACCUUCUUACACCAAGUUUGUUGGAUACAUUACCACACAGCUACCAUUACCGGAUACUAAGUUAGAUUUCUGGACAAUGAUACGAGAUCACAGCUCUUCAACUAUUGUACUGAUUAUUAACAAGGCAAACGAAGCUGACUUUGUGUACUCACAAUCGGGUGAUGAUUUGACUAUUGGUCCAUUCGGUAUAAAGAUAUCCGCACGACAAAAAGGCGAAAAUGACAUCACAAAGAUAACCAUGGUUCUCUCUAGAAAGGAUGACAAGCCGAGACAAGUAGUAUUGUUUCAAGCCAUCUGUAAUAGUACACCUGACCCUGCUGUACUCGGUAAACUUGCUGACCUUAUUUCAACACGUGCAACUAUAUCAAAUGAUCCGAUUACAGUUGUAAGCAGUGACGGCGCCAAGAAUUGUGGAUUGUUUUGUGUUCUCACUAAUGCUGUCUCCAGUAUGCAGAUUGACAACAAUGCAGACAUCUUCCAACUUGUUAGACUUCUACAACUGAGACGUCCCGAGUUUUUCACAGACUUUGAGGAAUACAAAAGAUGUUAUGAAGCUUUGCAAGUUCACCUGGAGUCUGCAAAUGUGUAUGCUAAUUUCUAGUCUAGCACAAAUGCAUGUAAAACAGAGAAAAAAACGAAGUGUAUUGUGUCAGAGAUUAUCAAUUGUCUAUUUGUAAAUAUUGCUGCAUACACUCUGCACAUGUUGUGAAGUGAUGCGCGUUGUAUUGUGAUAUAUUGUGUAUUGACAUUUUCCUCUAUGUGAAUGGAGCUGUGCCUUGCUCGGCAGAACUAAGUUAUCAGAUUACAAAUAACAGUUGUUUUACUACAGCCAAAUGGCAAACUGUUGAACGUUGAUACUCGAUGUUUUAUUUUUUUGUAGUUGUAUUGGUAUUUUGUUAAGCAAUUUCAUAUUAUUUGUCAAAAUUGAUCGUAUUAUAUGCAGCAACAACAAUGUUUAAAUAAAUGAAAGAGAGUCAAAUCAAGUAUUAAGCUAAUGACAUCAUCAACCAUUUAUCUUAAAUUAUUUAAGUCUUUUAAUAAAAAUCGUUAGUCCUUAUUGCUUCAUUUAGACAUUUUCAAAUAAAAUGUAUUAACAUUGUUGAUGUACCAGUUUUUACACAGAACAAAAUUGCAAUGUUUAUGUAAAUAUCUAUUAAGAUCUGAAUUUUACGAUACAUUACCUUUGAUUUCGCUUAGAAUUAUUGCUAUACAAUGAUUGGUUAAAUUUUUUCAUUUUCAAAUAGUAUUUACUUAAAUCAAGUACGCCAGUCCAACAAUUAUUUGCUUGAUUUCAAUGGACAAGAGUAUCAGCUAAGCACACAUACUUUUUAUGCCCCACCUACGAUAGUAGAUGGGCAUUAUGUUUUCUGGUAUGUGCGUCCGUUCGUCCGUCCGUUCGUUUGUACGUUCGUC